AUGCCCCCACCAAAAUCCAAAGGAGGAAAAAUGCUAGGCCUCAUCAAUUGGAGGCUCAAAGUGACCAUCAAUGACGGACGCGCGCUGACAGGUCAGAUGCUUGCAUUCGAUAGGCAUAUGAACCUUGUCCUGGCGGACUGUGAAGAGUUCAGACGCGUUCGGCCCAAGAAAAAAGCCGGAGAAAGCGAGGCACCUGCUGAGCAGGAGAUGAAGCGCACCUUGGGUCUCGUGAUUUUGCGAGGGGAGACAGUCGUCAGCUUAAGCGUCGAGGGGCCUCCGCCAGUUGUAGACGAGGACAAAAAGAAUGCGCUGCCUGUUGGUCCUGGUCGCGGAAUGCCUGCAGGUCGUGGAAUGGGAAUGAUGCCUCCUAUGGGUAUGCCUCCUGUGGGUCGUGCUCCAAUUCCCUUUGCCCCACCAGGCAUGCCAGGCCCCCCUCCUGGCUUCCGUCCUCCUGGCUUCCCUCCAGGUGGAUCAUUCCCUCCUCCACCAGGCUUUGGUGGACCCCCUCCCCCUGGGUUCCAACCACCUCCCCAGUAA